CCCGUAGGCAUUAAUUGAACAAUUCGGUGGCAGCAGGCCGGCUAUCUGGCGUCAGACACAAUUGGCCGAGCACACGCACAUGGUCAGUGAAUGGAUAUCGCAGAGCGUUGGGACUGCGACUGGAAGCGGGAGCAACGAUUGGUUGUGUUGUUGUGGCAACCGGCCGUUCGAUUGUGGCCCAUACAAAUUGGGAAACUAAUUACACACACCCGCUGGACACUCGGACCCUGUUGACGUUGUAUUCGGGCGCUGCACAAAAUCGAUAUAUGAAGUAGGGAGGAAAAAUGCAUGGCCAACGCCGAGCUGAGUACGUGGUCCGCUGGAGAGAUCAGGAUAUCGUGUAGGACGACAUUACUUGUAAAUGCGGCAAGGUGGCGUCCUGUUUCCGCACUUGCAUGGGACUGAUGCGGACAGUGGGAGGUGUCUCAAGCGACGGACAGGCGCCGGAGGAGGCUAUUUCAACGCAGAACCAUUGCCCGACCUACAGACAGAUUCCCGGUGCCGGCACGGGAACAGGCUCUGCACCGGCCAAGCGAGUGCCCGUAUUGUUCUCUACCAAUCGGGGACUAUAUCUGCGUCUGGCGCCUGGCCAGCCCGGGAAUCAGAUGGAGGUGUUGACAAUUCAGCCUCGUGGACAGAACUACAACAUCAGCUUUUGUGAUCUGGAACGCUGGAGCACCCAUCGGGCUAAUGUGGUCAGCCUGGAAGACACCUUCACAAUCAUGCAGCAGCGGAACAUGUCCCCGGAGUCUCAUAACUAUCAGCCUCGCCUGUGGAAAAACAACGUCAGCUACAGUCUGAUGCACUGAACCCGCAUGAUUCUUCAGAAAAUAUGUAGACCUACAUAGUUACAACUCUUUUUACUUUAAAUAAUCCUUAACAUAGUA